UUUGGCUCAGUCGCUUUGUCUGGUCUUCAUUGGAUACUAUACACUGAAACAGACUCUUUGGAGAAGCGGCUACGAUGAGGACUCUGCUGGCGACGUUGCUCCUGGCGUUGGCGUUCGCUGCUGUGUGCCAAGCGGGCUACCACCACGGAGGUCACGGCGGUGGUCAUGGCGGUGGUCACGGCGGCUACACGUUCAGCCACGGCUAUACGAACUACUUCGACAACCAGCGGACACAUCACGGCUACGGCGGAGGUUACGGAGGGGGAGGAGGCGGUGGUGGAGGGGGAGGAGGAGGUUACGGCGGAGGAUACGGCCACGGCCACUACGGCUAAUUCCAGGAGCCACAGGACCUGUACAUAUGACACGGAUGAGAUACAGCAGGCCACGCAGA